GAGGGGGUGUUGCAGCCGCGACAGCGACAGGGCGUGCGGGCGCUGAUAUGCCGGAGCUGCGGAGCGUUGUAUAAGAAGGAGCUGCAGGGAGCGGAAGAGAAUUAAACGGGACCACGUUUAUCUUUUGUGAGCUGGAGAGAUCUUCAAUUGGGAACCUGUGCAGGAUCUCCUUCCAGGAGGUACUUCAGCAUAUACAGAAGUGCGUAACUGUUUCCUGCAGAAAAGAAAGAUUAGCAAAAUGUUUGGGACAGUGGUGGUUGGAGUUGGAAUUGCUGGAUUAGCACGAAUCCGAGACUUGAUGAAUCCGAUGCCUUCCAGCCCUUCUGAGCACCUGAAACUCUUUGGAUUUGUAUCCAGGAGAAGUUUUGGCAAUAUUAAUGAGGCUAAGCAGAUUAGCCUGGAAGAUGCUCUGAGAAACAAAGACAUCCAUGCAGCCUUCAUCAGCACAGAGAACAAAAGCCAUGAAGAAACCAUCAGAAUGUUCUUAGAAGCUGGGAAACAUGUCCUUGUUGAGUACCCUAUGGCUUUGUCUGCUAAGGCAGCCCAUGAGCUCUGGGAGAUGGCUGAGCAGAAAGGUAAAGUACUCCAUGUGGAGCACAUUGAACUUCUUACUGAAGAGUACAAGCAGCUGAAAAAAGAAGUGGCUGGGAAAGACCUGGUGAAGGGGACAUUGCAUUUCACAGGUAGUGUCCUUGAUGAAAACAAAUCAGGAUUCCCAGCUUUCAGUGGAAUUGCUCGUCUGACGUGGCUAAUCGACCUCUUUGGAGACCUCACUGUUACCUCUGCCACCAGAGAGAAGCAGAAGGAUAAGGAUUAUUCCAGAAUGACUGUUCACUUUCAGACAGCAAACAAGAAACCCUUGACUUGGAUUGAAGAAAGAGGACCAGGGAUGAGACGUGAAAAGAAAAUCAACUUUUGUUUCACAAGUGGUUGCCUGGAGAACCUCCCUGAAGCCCCAAGGUCUUCUGUGGGCCUUUUCAUGCAGGAUCAGAACCUCUUUGCCAAGAAACUGCUGGGCCAGGUCUCCAAGGAGGAGCUGGCUGCUGAGAAAUGGCGAAUUUUGCGGUGUCUUGACCUUGCCGAGGUGAUCCAACAGUACUGUGAAGAGCCAGAGAAAAUCUAUUCCUGAGACUGCUCUUAGGGAAGGAAGAACACAGCAGACAGAAAAGCUGUAGGGCUAGAACUCACUGUUGUCAUCAAGCAGCUGCUAUUUCUGUUUAAUUACCUUAUUUUUGACUACUUGUGAUUCCUGGGCUCUCCAGGUGUUCUGGAAGAGUCCGGGCUAUACCCUGUGCCUUCUGGUUUGCACCAGACCAAAGCAUUUCCCCUGAUCUGAUGCAUCCCUGUCCUUUCAGGUAGUUAGGAACCUAGCAACAGGAACCUAGCAAGCUUUCCUGUGAUUCAGAUGGGAAUAUAUCUGACAGUAGAUCCUGCAGGACUGUAAAUACUAUAUGUAAUUCUCUCUCCCAGGGUCUGUCCC